CGGACAGCUGAAGACAAGGCCCCUUGCGGCCGAGAGGGCCGUGCGCUGUCUCUUUAAGAGGUUGGCGAGCCGCCCCGCCCCCUGGGGAUCUGAUUGGCUCCUCCCGCUACGUGCGCCCUCUUUUCUGCGUAACCCCAUUCCUAUAGGCCGCUGCGGACUGGGGGCGGGCCUGCGUGCCGCAAGUAGGGACAGUGGCUGUUUCGCAGUUUCGGCGGAACGAAAAGGACGCGCCAGCCUUCCGGGUCGCUGCUGUCGGAAGGGCCGCGCGGUGUCGGGCCCGACGGCGUCUCCCUACCCGCCCGCCCGCCCACCCAGUCUGCGGGAGCCAGCCGCCCGCGCCUCUUGGGCGACGCUCCCCGGCCCGAGCGCCGGAGGCCGAGUCCCGCGGCCUUGCGGGGUCCGCGGCCGGCGGCGGAUGGGCGGCCGGGGCCUCAGGGCCAGCGGCUGGCGGGAUGGACACCCCGGAGGAGGAGAUCUGGGCCAGCGGGGCCCCGCCCCCGGCGCCCAACAUCAGUGUGCCGCACCGCUGUCUGCUGCUGCUCUACGAGGACAUCGGCACCUCUAGGGUCCGGUACUGGGACCUCUUGCUGCUCGUCCCCAACGUGCUGUUCUUCAUCUUCCUGCUCUGGAAGCUUCCGUUUGCUCGGGCCAAGAUUCGAGUCACCUCCAGCCCCAUUUUUAUCACCUUCUAUAUCCUGGUGUUCGUGGUGGCGCUGGUGGGCAUCGCCCGGGCCGUGGUGUCCAUGACGGUCAGCGCCUCAGAUGCUGCGACUGUAGCUGAUAAGGUGGGGCUGGGCCUGCUGGCAGGGCUGCUGGGCACUGGGAGGGGGCAGCCGGCCCCCAGGCUGACGCUCUGCCCGCUCUGUGUCCAGAUCCUGUGGGAGAUUACCCGCUUCUUCCUGCUGGCCAUCGAGCUGAGCGUGGUCAUCCUGGGCCUCGCCUUUGGUCACCUGGAGAGCAAGUCGAGCAUCAAGCGGGUGCUGGCCAUCACCACGGUGCUGGCCCUGGCCUACUCCGUCACCCAGGGCACGCUGGAGAUCCUGUACCCGGAUGCCCACCUGUCGGCUGAGGACUUCAACAUCUACGGGCACGGGGGCCGCCAGUUCUGGCUCGUCAGCUCCUGCUUCUUCUUCCUGGUCUACUCGCUGGUGGUCGUGCUCCCCAAGACCCCGCUGAAGGAGCGCAUCUCCCUGCCCUCACGAAGGAGCUUCUACGUGUACGCGGGCAUCCUGGCGCUGCUCAACCUGCUGCAGGGGCUGGGGAGCGCGCUGCUGUGCGCAGACGUCAUCGAGGGGCUCUGCUGCGUGGACGCCACCACCUUCCUCUACUUCAGCUUCUUCGCGCCCCUCAUCUACGUGGCCUUCCUGCGGGGCUUCUUCGGCUCGGAGCCCAAGAUCCUCUUCUCCUACAAAUGCCAAGUGGACGAGACCGAGGAACCAGACGUGCACCUGCCCCAGCCCUAUGCGGUGGCCCGGCGGGAAGGCCUAGAGGCGGCGGUGGCCGCCAGCACGCAGUUCGACGCGGCCGGGGGGGUGGCCUACCUGGACGAUGUGGCUUCCAUGCCUUGCCACACGGGCAGCGUCAACAGCACGGACAGAAAAGGAGCAGAAGGUGUUGACGCGAAGGCUGUGCGGGGAUACCGGGGCCGGGGUGCCCCUCUGCACUGGGAGCCCGGCGUACCUGCUGCGAGGCCCCGUCGGAGCAGAGGGGACGGCCGUGGAAAGAACCGUGGUUCCUGUGCGCUGUCCUGUCUGCCCCUCACGCUCUGUUAUCCCGGGCAGCAUUCCCCUCCUGCAGCUUCCGUUCCUGCAUCUGUGACAUGGGGAUAAGAAGGCCUGUCUCACAGGGAUGUUCGUAAGGGUUAGCGGAGAGCAGGUGUGGCUGGCUGGCACGUGGUGGUGGAGCGACGGUGACCACAGGCAUUAUUUUUAGGGACCGGAAUAGUGCUCGGCACGUAGUAGGCCCUCGGAAGGUAGGAUGCGGGGACUGAUGUUCAUAAUCAUGGAUGUGAUGAGCUGAAAGUGGGGACAGGUCCGAAUAAAGCCCGGGGCCCUGGGGGGCUGAGGGCCAGGCCGCGCUCCCCCUCCACUGCCCACCUUCUUUCUCAGGAGGGCACCGAGGGCACCAGCUCCAACACACUCAUGACUGGGGGGCCAGCGGCCAGGCUCCCCGGAUCCAGGGCUGUCAGCUGGUGUGGGCACAGCCAGCGACCUGGACUCUGGGGCCCGCGGGGCUGCCAGGGCGCUCUUGCAGGCUCCUCGCCGUGCCCGGCCCGGCUGCCACCCCACAGCUCUCACAGAAGCCUGUUAGGUGGGGAGGGAAGCCAGCGGGGCAUUCCGAGCCGGGGAGGUGGGGGGGGGCCAGACAGGGAGGAACUGGUCCUCAGAUCCAGAGCUGGGUUCCCCAUCGGCAGCGUUGACGGGCUGCGUCUAAGACGGCACGGCGGCAGCCUGCGUUGGCUCCGUGUGGUGACUCGGUAGAGGGGGCAGCACAGGAGGCCUGGCGCCCGUUGCAGGGCAGCUGGUGGACCGUGGAGGCUGGGGGAACCUCCGCUGCUCUGACCCCGUCUCCCUGCCCCCCUCCCCAGAAGCACCGCAAGGCCGGGGUCUUCCUAACCUUCCAGGAGCACCUGUGUUCACACGCGUGUAUGCACGUCACCCCUAGUUUGGGAGCGUGAAUGUCUAGCUCGUUUCCCACGCUAACACCUGGUCUUGGGCUCAUUCCACGUCAGGUGGGAGAGCUGCGAACGUUCUGGAUACGCGGCAAUCGAUUUACCCAGUCCCCUUGGGAGGGACCUUGGUUCCUAAUACGUUUUGCAACCACAAACAGUGCAGCAACCCAAAUCCUUACAAAUAACUCACACAGGUGGGAUUGCUGGAGCACAGCCUUCACUCGUGAGUUAAUUAGUCUCGCAGUCUUCCGCGAGACUAAUCGCCGUCCUCCAGUACGUGUUCUCCUUUCCUUCCGCUGUCACAGGACACGUGACUUGUAGCUGGAUACACAGCUGCCUGGAACAAAGACUCCAUUUUCCAGCCUUCCUUGCAGGGCCUGGCCAGUGGGAUGUCAGUGUGUGUGCACCUUCCUUGAAGAGAAAGGAUCGGCUCUUCUUUCUUGCAAACUGGGAUGUGGUUGCAAUGGCUGGAGUUGUAGCAGCCAUCUUGAAUCAUCGGGGGAUCUUGGAGUGGGAGCCUCUCAUGGCAGAGCGUCAAGGUAGAAGCAGACGAGGUCCCCGACACUAGUGCACCCCUAACAGCCCUGGACUUCCUCCUUUGGAUGACCUGUCGGAUGUGAGAGAGAAGUAAACCUCUGUCUUUCUUAAACCACUUUGGAUUUUUCUCUCACUCAUAAUCGAACCUAAUCUGAACCGACACACCCUUCCAAGAGGCUGUACCAGUUUUGACCCCCAUGAGCACAGCCUCACCGGUGCCGUGUGCUGUUCAAAUUCUCGGUGGUUCCACAAGUCCGUGCUCACGUCUGUUCUCCUGGAACCGCACCCCGUGUGCCGCGUCUGGGUGGGAGCAGACCUCAUGCCGACGAGUGGCCAGGAUGUGGGGCGCUCUGGAUGACGAGUCCACCAUAUUGGCUCCACGUUCCAAUCUUACGGCCUCCUGCUGUUCACAGCCCAUGGACCUUGACAUCAUGCCUCUCUGACCCUGUUUCCUCAUCAGUGACACAGGGCUGUGGGUGACCGGUGGCCACAUGAUAUUCAUCUUCCCUCCCUCAGUAACUGCGUCAGGAUGCUUGGAGGGUCAGUGAAGCACCAGAUAGAAGGUGACAUUCCUGCCCCUUUACGUUCACUCAGGUGACUAAGUCCUGGUCAUUGGGAUGUUAGCAGGAGUGUGAGACUUCUUCAGCACAGGCUGCUUAAAGGGAGCUGACUGAGCUCGGAGAUGUGCUCCUUUGUCCUCCUGCCUUCUCCUUCCUGCUUCCGGGAAUGCAGACGUGAUGACUGACUCCAGCAGCCAGCCUGGGUGAUGAGGCGACUUCGGGAAGCUAGUCAACAAGGAUGGUCAAACAGAAAGACAAAACAAGCCCUGUCCCCAAUGACGAUGGCGCUGCCACGCCAGCACAGCGCUACUACACGAUAGAACAGAAUUCUCAUACACGGAAGACUACCCUGUUUACGGCAAUCCCGAUCCUCAGGGAAACACGUGGAAAUCCGAAAGUGUCCCCCAAGGUGUCACAUGAGGGAGACAGGAUAUUUCCAGACACCAAUUUGUGACUUUUCCUUCCUGAGCCCACCCUUCUCCCUCCCCAUCAGAGGGAGUUUGGGCCUGGGCUCACUUGUUGAGGGAGCCUGCGGCUGGUGGACGACCUCUGACUUUGUUUCCAGAUGCCUUGGGCUACAGAGGCAGCAGGGGCUUGUGGGAAGACACAGGUGGGAUUCCCUUUGGAGUGAGGUCCUGCCGUCCCCGAGCCCUGGGGACCAGGCACGGGUGAGGCCCGGCUGCAGAUAAGAUGGCCCCCCUGUGGGUUUAGGGCCCAGAGCGCUCAGCAGCUGCAGAGGGUCCCGCAGCCCGGGUGUGGCUCUGACACUGCAGCUCUGAAACCUGCAGGUCCUGUGGCCAGGAGCCCUGGAGGUGACAGGGCGACCAGGACCACGGUGUGUGUGUCUGCUCCGCUGCUGUAAUGGAUCCCAUGGGCGCAGGGAGGGGCGUGAACCACAGACAUGUGCUGCUUACAGUUGUAGAGGCUGGACCUCCAAGAUCGAGGGCUGGCUUUUCCCAAGGCUUCUGUCCUGGGCGUGCUGGCCGUGUCCCCUGUGUGUGCAUAUCCCUGGGGUCCCAGCGCCCACAAGGACACAGUCAGAUUGGAUUACGGCCCACCCUGAUGGCCCCAUUUACAUUUAACAACUCCUUAAACGCCCCCGUUUCCACAUACGGUCACAUCCCGAGGUCCUGUGUUCCGGACCCCACACUGACACAAUGCCCCCUUUACAGACGCAGCAGCAGAGGGACGGAGAUCACACGGCCACCAGAGGCGGAUGCCAUCUGACCCCAGGCCUCCAGCCCUGUGCCUGCUGCCCAGGCUCACAGACGCACCUCCCUCAGGAGACGGGCUCCGAGCCUUGCUGCUGGGGCCAUCAGACCAAGGCGAGGAGGCUGUGUAGCCAC